UUAAUUUGAGAGCGAACUCUUGUAUGACCCGGAUUCAACAUGCCUUCAUUAUGGCGUAGCUAUGUUUAAAUCAAACAAAAAAAAGUGAUUUAAAAUUUUAAAUACCAGACGGUAUAGUUUUUACCUUCUUGAUGGAUAAUUAACGCGUGAUAUUUUACAAGGUAAAAAAGAUGUCAACAAUAGACAACGAGAGAUAUAUGCGAUAUAUACUUCUUCUUAGUGAAGGAGGAACGCUAGUGCUUAAGGAAACUCUUAAAAUGGAAACAAUCAAAGCUUCCAAACCCCUUGAUGAUUUACUGAAGGCUAAUGAAACCACACUGAAAAUGAAGAUGGACAGGUAUACAUUUAAGAAAUUAUUUGGUUCUAGCGGAAAUCAAGAUGUUGAUACAUGGGACAUAUCGCUAUUAGCGACAGUGAUUCUACAUCUCUUUGAUAACAGUAUCACACAAGACCUUAAAGAUUGUAUCAUAUUUCUUAAGGACUUGAGGAACAAAAUUGCUCAUGCAGCAUCUAUGUCCUUAAAUGCUGACGAAUAUGACAAGCACAGGAAAGAUCUUGCUGCUGUUAUUUUGAAACUGUGUGUUGGAUUAGACCGGAUGGUUCAUGACAAAUGUCAGAACCUUAUUAAGAGUUCUGCAGCUGGUCCUAUAGAGACGCUUUCAGCUAUAAAUAAAGUAGAAGAAUUAAGAAAAUGCGACAAAGAUGUCUGUACUAUACUAGAAUCUCUUUUGUCGGAAAUGUCAACUGAAUUGAAAGACGUUUCAGAUAGUGUUGCAACCAUGUCAACUGAAAUGAAGGGUAUUUCAGAUAAAGUGAGAGCUUCUACAACUCAAAUGAUGGAUGUCUCAACUAAAGUGGAAUGUAAUUCAUCGAAAUUGGAAGAUAUUUCAUGUAAAGUAAAAGUCUUAAUAAAUGAAGUGACAGAAAUCAAACAGCAGAUGCAGAAAAGAGAAGCUCAACACAAAUGCUUUGAAUCUCAAGAGUUGAGAACAGAAAUAACUUUGGAAGGACCAAAUGAUCACAUAACAAAGAUGACAGAAGAAUCUGUUACUGGGUUAUUUAAUUCUAUUUUAGCGAAAGCGGAUGACGGGUACUUACAAAAAGUUGGAAAUGCUUUAAGGUCUAUCUUGUCCGAUAUGGAAAAUUGUCGUGGGGUUAAAGUUAUAGAAGUUGAAUACAAAUGCAUACUCAUCAAAUUGAGAUGCAAUAACUGUGAGGGACUACUAAAACUUCUCGAAUACUUAGAGAGUAGCUUGUUGGAACAACGCCUGCUGGAAUUAUCCAGAGCCUUAGAGGAAACAUACAAGGAGCGUUUCUUUGUAACAUUUAAAAUAGCCCCCGAUGACUUGAAAAACAUUUUACUUAACUUCAAGGACAAUUGUCAAGAAAAGGGUUACAGCGGACAUGACGAAGUGAACGCUGAUGUAAAUAUGGAUGCUUCCACGACAGUCAUUGAAUUCGAGUCACCACAAGAAAAGCCAUUAGAUAUGGCAGAUAUAGAAUCAAGGUUGCGGGAAUAUCGUCAUGAAUUUGAGAAAUGUUUAAAAGAUCCAUCUAUAGUUUCUCAUCUUUUAGCAGAAUCUGUCAUAACCGACGUGGAUGCGUCAAGAAUAAAGAAUCUGUACAUAGACAAAGAGUCAGUUAAGGCAUCCCAAGAGUUGUUAGACGCAGUGUUUACUUCCGAAGCUCCUGGAAAAUGGAGAUCAUUUGUUGAUUCCCUUGAAAGUGCAGAAUAUCCUUACCUGAAGGAAUUACUUUCAUACCAGAAAAGAUAUGACGCAUUUUCAUCAUCACGUGCCCAGAAAAUCUUGUGUUUAUUUACACCAUAUCUUGAACAAAUGAUACGUGCACAAGAGUUUGUGUCAGAAUUGAAGACAAGAGGUGUCAUAAAUGCGGCUGAUGAGGAAAUUAUCCUAAAAACAUAUGAAACUAAAGGCGACAUAUACUCGACAAUGCUUCUCCUAGAUAGAAUGCAGUGUAGAAAAUCGCCCAAUGAUUGGUACUAUGAGUUCCUAGAUUUACUGAUGAAGAAGAAAUGCAAGCAUAUAGUGAAAGAAAUGGAACCUGAUUUUAUCGAUAAUCCUUCAGCAUUUAUGCCAAAGCUAGAUACAAUCAUAUCAAAUAAAAAAGAAGAAACUAUGGUCAGUCAAAGAAAGGAAUUUGAAGAAGAACAAGGCGCAUACGGGUCAUUACAUGAACAUUUUGUUGAAGACAGAGGUGAGGGUUACGAGGAUACAAAUGACUUAGGAGCACCUUCAUUACCCACAAUGAGGCAGGACUCACCCUUGACAUCCACCGAGUAUCAUAUUGACAGCUUACAGACGAAUUUAAAGGAGCUCAAUAUAAAACCUGACAUGACAAAAUCUCUUUCAAUUG